UGCUAACAUGUGCCGUGGAGUUUUUAGUCAACGCAGAAUGGAUACUUGGAUAAAGAGAGGUGUUUCAUGAUCGGCAGUUUAUAAAAGAAAUACGUGGGUAUAAUUAUCCUUUGUCGAUUGAAAAAUUUGUGAAUAAUAUUUUCUAAGAGAUUUUAAGUCCGUACGUGUUGGGUACUUUCGAUUUAUGGACUUUUACUGAUUAAUUGACAAAUUUGUGGCACUUGGACAGAUAUUGGAUGACAAGGUUGUGCAUAAAACAUCAGAAAUGCCAAGAACACUGUUAGAUCGAAAGUAUUGUCGUGGUAUGAAUGGGGUUAAUGAUCUCAGUGCUGAAAUGGAGAAUAUUGCCAAAGAGACUGAGGUUAGCUUAGAUGAAAUGAUGAGUCUUGCUUGUCGUCAGGGGAAACUAGAUAUUGUUGAAUUGCUUCUCGAAAGUGGAGUUAAUGUGGACUAUCGCAAUAAAGCUGGUAAUACUCCAUUAUUGGAAGCUUGUAGCCAAGGACACAAAGAUGUAGCUGAAUACCUUUUGGAUCAUGAAGCAAGUAUUGAUGCAGCAACAGAUACUACAUCAGAUAGUGCGCUCACUUGGGCAUGUACAUUAGGAAAUGAGUCCAUUGUGCAGCUCCUUUUGACCAGAAAAAGUAAUGUUGAGCAUCGAACAAAAGAUGGAUGUACUGCUCUUAUGUUUGCUGCUCUAGCUGGCCAUGUUGAUGUGGCUACACUGUUAUUGGAUUGCAAGGCCAACAUUAAUGUUGAGUCCGACAGUAACAAGGACAGUCCGUUAACAUUUGCUUGUUGGAAGGGUCAUGUAGAUGUUGUAAAAUUGCUGCUAGAAAGAAAUGCUAAUAUCGAGCACAGAACAAAGGAAGGAUUCACACCAUUGAUGUUUUCAGCAUUAGGUGGUCACACUACUGUGGCAAAAGAACUGUUGAAGAAACAAGCAAAAGUUAAUGAGCCAAGUGGAAGUAACAAUGACAUUCCAUUGACAAGUGCAUGUUGGAAAGGGCAUCAUGAAGUUGUUAAACUGCUUUUGGAGUACAAGUCAAACAUUGAACAUCGUACCAAAGAUGGCUGUACACCAUUAAUGCUUGCAGCACGUGAAGGACAUUUGAUUGUUGCUCAACUAAUACUUGAUGCUGGAGCAGAGGUGAAUGUUCCUUCAGGCAGUGAAAAUAACAUUCCACUUACUUUAGCCUGCUGGAAAGGUCAUUCAGAUGUUGUGGAACUUCUUCUCAAUCAUAAUUCUAACAUAGAGCACAAAAACAAAGCUGGUUGUACUCCUUUAAUGUUAGCGGCAAGAGAAGGGCAUUUAGCGACGGCGAAAUUACUUCUUCAUCUUCGUGCGGAGGUUAAUAAUCCUUCAGGAAGCAACGAUGAUACACCGCUAACCUUGGCUUGUUGGAAAGGUCACCAUGAAGUGGUUCGUUUGUUAGUCGAGCAUAAUUCGUACGUUGAUCAUCAAACGAAGACAGGAUGUACACCUUUGAUGGAAGCGACGAGGGAGGGUCAUGAAAAAGUUGUGUCGUAUUUGUUGCAAAAUGGUGCUGAUGUUGAAUUGCCCGAUAACUAUGGCCAGAGUCCUCUGUUUAUGGCGUGCUGGAAAGGUCAUCGUAAUGUUGCUGAACUAUUGCUGAGAAACAAUGCCAACAGAGAAUGCCGGACGAAAACAGGCAUUACGCCGUUAUUUCAGGCUUGUAGAGAAAACCAUGUUUCUGUGGUGGAAUUAUUGCUUGAUGAAGGGGCAAGUGUAACUGCCUCGUUUCCAAACAGCAGGGAAAAUCCUAUGACAUUGGCGGCCGAAAAAGGUUAUAUUGAACUUAUGGACGUAUUAUUGAGCAGAGGAGGAAAUGUUGAUUGUCGAACGAAGAAAGGUUGUUCUCCUUUCUUCUUGGCUUGUAAAGAAGGACAUUUGGAAAUCGCACGUUCUCUCUACGAGAAUAGCGCUGAUAUCGAGGUUUGUGAUCAGAGAAAUAUAUCACCCUUGGUUGCUGCUUUCAAAAAUGGUCACCAAAAGGUUGUUGAAUGGAUCCUUUCAAUCACUAAGCAUGUUCCAUCUGAAGAGCAAUGUCAGAAGUGUAUUACAGCACCUUAUGAAGAAAAGGAUAACGAGAGGGACCUUCUUUAUUUAAGAUCAAUAUGUUAUGAGAUGAUAAAAAAGGCGAAAAAAGUCAAGGAACAGACUGCUUUUGAGAACGCACAAAGUUUUCUUCAGGAACUCGAGGACGACAAGGUACGCGAGGAAAUUAAAAAGAAAAAGCAAGCCGAAAAGAGAAGAGACAAAAGAAAGAAGAAAAAGAAGCAGAAAGAAAACGAUCAACAAAAUACAACGGUGAUGGAUGAACUUCAGCCUUUGGAGAAUAGGUCAAUCACGGAGGAUGAUGGAAUAUGCAGUGAUGAAGAGACGAACAUGCCAUCUGAAUGGAAUCAUGUUGAAAUGAAGAAUCAAGAUUGGAAUUAUGACUACGAAAUUCAGAGUUUUGAAAAUAAAAAUGUGUGUGGAACGACCACUGUGGGUCAUGCACAGGACGAAAAAGGAAAUACAAACAGCACUGAAGAACGACGCGAUGAUCAACCUCAAGCUAUGUUCGAUACAAGUGAUCAAAAUGAAGAUAGUCAUAACAAACGACAGCAGAGAAAUAACGUAGAGAAUGAAAAGAAUUUGAAAAAUAAGUCGGCUCACAUGAGACUUAUUUCUCCAAGUCGAACUCUCCAUCAUGCCACAAAACCUCAAACCGACGAUGCAAAUAAUGAUUGUAUGAGUGACGAAGAAGAUGAUGAUAAAACUAGAGAGACUGUUGUAAAGUGUAAGUUUGCAGGGAAAGGUGAAGCUGGUUCAAGUUCCGAUUCUCUAUCGCGAGGAAACUUCACCAAAAUGUCUUCUAGUCAAGAAGGAAUCGUUAAAGAUGGAUGGAAAUCCAUGGCACAACGUGCGAAGCAAAUGCAUACUGACUACCUAAGUUCUUGGAAAGAAGUGGCACGAAACCGAAGUUUAAAAACUAUGGUGAUCCAAUUAACAGCUCCAAAUGCGUUGUGUGGUAGAGUUAUUGGCCGUGGUGGAUCUAAAAUUAACAAAAUCACGGAGGAAUCUGGAGCACAGAUUACUAUUGGAAAACCUGACCCGAAAAAUCCCAAUGAUCGUGUUAUCACCAUCAAAGGCUCUGUGUUAUGCGUUUUAAAGGCGAAGGCUUUGGUGUCGAAUGCUCUUGUCACACCCAGUACUAUGCCUCAUACUGAGUCAAAUAGUGUUUCAACUGCAAACUCUUUACGUACUCACUCUCUGACCCAGACUUCCACUCAACAACUCCGUGGGAAUUUUGUCGUUCUUCCAAGAUCUCAAACGGAGUGGCCGACAGUAGUGCAAGCACAUAGUUCACCUAAGGUGGAACAAUCGUUGAAAAAGUUAGACAAUAACAGAUCUUAUUCUAUCAGUGAACAAACAGAGGAUACAAGUUUAAAGAAUGCACACGAAACAUGGGCUCAUUCUGUACCAGACUUCCAGACCGUGUUUGAAAAAGACGAUGGUGAACAGGAUAUUUGUCAUGAAGAAUUAAAUGCGUCCAGCACAUCUCCAAUACAUUUAUCUACGGAAAAUACACGAGUAUCUGAUAACGUACAUAAGACAACGACUGCUUCCUCUGCUACGAAAGCCAGAACGAAAAGUUAUGCAACAACUCAAGAUGGCUCAAGACUUAGUUACUGUGAAGUUGCUACAGGGAUUGACAUUGCUUCUUCAAGAGAUGACGAAGUUUUGCAGGAGUCGAAACCACUUAACUCAGCAUCAACAACAUCGACAUCCCAUGUAAACCAGCGUGCUUCGGAGUCUGCUGAAGAUACUGAUAAUGUCUUCACUGAUGAUCGAAGUAAAGGAAACGAGUCGUCUUCAAAACGUUAUGAGAAAACUCAUGCGAAAAAUGAUAACUUGUUGACUUCUUGUGUAUGGAAAAAUGAUUACCAAGAAGUCGAUGUUGAUUUACAGUCAUCUUUACUGUCCGAUCAAUUACCGAAAUCCCGUCAUUCCAUCGAUAUUUUACAGGAGUCGUGCAGUCUAUUCAGCGGUAUGUCUUGGUCACCUCGUGAUAGUAGAGAAAACGAUAAAGCAAGAAGCAUUAGCUGGUCUGACCAGGAUUCAGUUGAUGCCACGAAUGUUCGAUCUGAUUUGCAGUCAACACAAAGUGACUUGCAGUCAAAUCAGUGUGACCUGCAUUCAUCUCAUUCUAUGUGGAACUCUGCUGCUACUUGCAUGCAAACCGAUAACGAGGCAAUGGAUUCGUCUGGCGGAUGGGAAAACUCCAACAGUGCCAGCAGUAGUAGAAGUAGUAGUCGCUUGGAGUUAUCAAGUAUCAUGGAAAAUGGAAAAAAUGUAUCAACGUCAUCUUUACGAACAAGAAGUUCGCCUGAUCCAAUAAGAUCAACUGACGUAAAUGACGAAUACCAGGGAACAUGGGUGGCUACUCGUGGAGUUCACAGUGCCCCGUCUUCGCCGCUUUUAUUAAGAUCACGCGAUGAACGUGUCAAGCAUACUCGGCCUGUGACGUCACACUCCAAUUCGUAUGAUGACAUGAGUGAUCGACUUUGGUCAUCAAAGCAAAACAAUGACGAUCGUUCGGAAAAUGACGUAACGUGGAAUGCAAAUACUGCUGAGACACAGUCGAGUUUCUAUGGCAAUCACGUUAACGCCCAAAGUACCUUCUCGCCGAGAAUGGCAUCUUUAAAGCAAUACGAAGAUUCGGCUCGCAUUAAUAACUGGAGUAAUCAUGGGCUUAGCAAAUCAAAGUUUUCAUCUGAUUUAUGUCGACUUUUAGAACGCCUGUCACUGACGAAAUAUCAACAAACAUUUGAGGAGCAUUGUGUUUCGAUGGAAAAGUUAUCGACAAUGACCGACGCAGAUCUUCAGAAAAUCGGCAUUCCAAAAGGUCCUCGUUUGAAGAUUAUACACGCCGUUCAAAGAGGUAAAGAUAUGUCGAAUGGAAAAGUUUUAAACGAACGAAUGUCCUCUGAUGUGCAACAAACUGAUAUGCUUGGUCAUGUCCCCGGAUCCGGUACACUUCUGAAACCAGCUGAACAAAAUCUCCGCACUCAUCCACACAUGCAGCUUCCACAGGUCAUGCAUCCCACCACUCAUAUGUUACACAAGCAGCAUGCUGACCCUGUAUUAAAUCCGGUUCUUUCAACAUAUCUGAACAACCCACAUUACUCUUUGGUAUCCCUCGAUUCGGCUCUUCCAGGUACACAUUUUGAUCAUUCUUCCAAUGGAUUUAAUCCUCAACAGCCAUUCGUUAUGCCGGCCGUGGCAAGGGAUCAGUACGAUCCACAGAAUACCUAUUUGACCGCUGGUAUCCCAUAUCAACAACAAAUGUUCUACCCUCGACCACCUGGGGCUUACUAUUACUAUCCGUAGUAUAACGUAUGGAAACAAAUGUAAAUAUCGGUGGAUGUUUGAUUGUAAAUGUGUUUCUCAUCUUCUGCUUCAUUCCAAUGUAGAACAUGUGUUUGAAUAAAAUUUCGUGAAAGGUGA